UUGUGGCGGAUGUAGUAGACCAACAAGGAAGUUAGCUAGUUUGGGCUGGUACAGCUAGCUAGCAGGCUGUAAAAUAACGAAAUUAAGCUCCAAUAAAUCAUUUUCCAAUUGAUUAUUUGUGAAAUAUGUCCAACAACAAUCGAGUGGAUUUACAGGAUGGAAACAUGUCACACGUUUUGAGAAAAUGACGAGAUGACUUGCCUUACAGUGGCCUGGACAUUUGUGAUAUGUUAACGUUAAUCACAAAAGACAAGUGUGUAAGAUGGACUGAAGGAAUUAGUUAGCUGCAGACUUUUGAGAUGUUACUAGCUGUACAUGUAAAUAUAUGACCAAAAAGCACUGUAAGUUAUCUACAUCUACAUAUCACUAGUCAACAUGGCCCUACAAAUAAGUUGUUAAUAUUUGCAUGCUCUGUCAUCACUUUUUAAGGUCAAUUCACCUGCACAUACAUUUGAAUGACUAACCACACAUAAACAGAGCUGAUCAUGUCACUAGCAAAGCAGGCACAAACGUGGUUCCCAACUCAUGUCCAAGCCACCGUUCUCCAAGCAACUGACCUACAAGCUAAGGGUAAGCAUGGCAACAAUGACGCCUACGCUAUCAUCCAGCUGGGCAAAGAGAAGUACUCAACAUCUGUGGCAGAGAAAACACUCAACCCAGUGUGGAGAGAAGAAGCCGCCUUUGAACUGCCUGGUCUGCUUCUGGAGGGCAAUCCAGAAAUCUAUGAAUUAUGCCUUAUCGUGAUGCACAGGUCCCUGGUGGGGAUGGAUAAAUUCCUGGGCCAGAGUACCAUCAAUCUCAAUGAUAUUUUUGAUAACAAGGAGCGAAGGAAAACAGACUGGUACUUCCUGGACUCCAGGCCAGGGAAGAAGAGGAAGGAGAGAGGGAAGAUCCAGGUCAGCAUUCAGUUCAUGAGGAACAACAUGACGGCCAGCAUGUUUGACCUCUCCAUAAAGGACAAGCCCCGCUCGCCCUUCACCAAACUCAAGGACAAGAUGAAGGGGCGCAAGCACGACGGUGGUCUCUCCGACACCACCUCAGCCAUCCUGCCCCGCUCCGCCAUGUGUGACUCGGAGACCCUUCGCCAACCCAGUGCUUCUGACCAUCAGCCAGAGCCCAAGAUCAAGAGACACCUACUGGCCGGCUCCCAUACGCUCUCUGCAGCCCGCUCCAUGUCUGACCUCAUUGGCACUCACUUCCGCCCCAAGCUGGACUCUAGAAACUCCAUGGAACAGCUGGAGAAAGAGAGUGGUGCCGCCCCUCACAGGCGCUCCCAGGGCGAGGUGCCAGGCUACCAGGACAGCGAGGGGCAAGGUGAUCCUUUUACUCAUAUCAGCGACGGCUUGCCGCAGAAGUACGCCACCCUCCCACGCAACCGCAACCCGUUCGAGGGGGAGCAGGGCCAGCUGUGGGACCGAGGCGAGAAAAAGGAGAAGAAGGAGAAGGUCAGCCUGCUGGAACGUGUGACCGGGAAGAAGGAGGGACGCAAGACAAACAACGGGGGGCGUUCGGGCAGCUCUGGAGACCUGCGCUCCAGCAACCCAUUCAGCAGCGACUCUCAGGGAAACACCCAACCAACCAACCCCUUCCUCUCACACAAAAAUACAAGCGAUAAAAAUCCCACCACGAAUGGAGACAUCCGAAAGGCAAGAGAGAACCACGGAAAGAAAAAUGAGACGAUGCAGACGAGCGCGGCUUCCUAUAGCAACUUAUCUUUCGACGAGGUGGUGCACGAGCUCAUCAAGCAGAAGGGGGUGGUGAAAAAGAAGGACGCCCAUAUCCGUGAACUGGAAGACUACAUUGAUAACCUGCUGGUGCGCGUUAUGGAGGAGACGCCGAGCAUUCUACGGACACCCUACGAGCCCAAGAGGAAAGCGGGGAAAAUCUCCAAAAAGAACUAGUAUCAAGGUAGAGUUAGGGGUCCCAACGAUAUGCUCUUGUUUCAGUGAGGGCCCAUACUAGCCAUUGUGAAAUGUAUUGUGGGUAUAGAACAAAAAUGAAGAGAAGGGGAUUGACCCAUGCCAAAUCACCAUUUUUAUUUUUUGAAUUUUUAUUUUAAUAGGUUUUGCAUGCUUUGAUUUGAAUGUACACCAGUUUCCCCAUCCAAUUUUAUUGGGAAGUGAAGUACACCCGACUACAUAAAUAUCUGACAAUUUGACUUGCAUUUUAACAAACCCCAUGGCUUUCCCAUAAUUAUAGAAAUACUAACCUGUGAAUCAGUUGUUGUGUAGUGAUCCACUCAUCCUUUUUUUGUUAUUAUACCUCUUGCUCUGUUCUUUGCAUGACAUUUCCUUUGUUUUCCAUAUUCAGCCGAAUUGAAAGAAUGGCAAUGUCUCACAGAUCCAUCAGAACACCUUAUAGCAGAGACCAGUGGGAUAAGAAACAAAACUAGUGGGUUUAUGCCAUCCGUGACCGUUUCUUCAAGGUGUACACGUUUUCACAAUAGUGUAUACAAUAGACCGGUGCACUUUCACACAUGCAUAACAUGGGGGGAAAAACACAAACAGCUUCUGAGGCUAUUGUGUGCACAUGGAACCACCAUCAAGCUAGAUUUGCAUUUUAACACUAAGGCCAUACAAAUGUAAUUAAAUGUUUAACGGGUGGCCCUCUUCACUUUAAAAAGAGAUUAUGUCCCACUGAAAAAAUGGCAUGUUUUGAUCAAAAUAAUGUCCCCGUCCCCCCCUAAAAUCACUUAAAAUCUAGGUGUUGAACUAAGGUUGCUGUAGUAUUUUAAAGGGGUUAUCUAGUACUUUUGUAUACUUUUUAGCUAGUCAUUCUAAAAGUAGCAUGUCUCUCGCUCUGCUGUGGGUGCAUCAUGUGCAUCUUGCUAGCUGUCAUUCAUAUGGCGAGGUGCUAAAGUUAACUUGUUGAACUCGUGCUGCUAGGGGACUAGCCCAUGUGGGGGGAAAUGGUGUAGCACAGUAUAAAGAAAAACUAGGGAUUUCAUGGCUAAUUGAAGUAAGACAGUAAUUCUGCUUAUAGAUUAUGCAUGUAUAAACUACUCAUUGACAUAUCCAGCCCAAAGUGGGAGGUUUAAAAGAAUACCGGAGCAUGUCUUUAAUAAUAGGGGCUACUUAUUUUUUGUUUCAGCUUGGUCACUUCACUUUUAAAAAAUAUAUAUAUAUCUGUUAAGUGUUUAGUAAAAUAUGUAUGGCCUAAGUAUUAAAAUGUACCAAACACCACGUGUUAAGUUAUCACACUUGUGUAAAAAAAAAAAAAUUAAAAAAAAAGAAGAAAAAAAAGAAAAGUACAUUAGUUUAUUGAAUAAGGUUUGAUGUGCUAAUUUGAAUAGAGCUGUAAUGACUGUUUACACUUCAGACCAAGAUGCAGGAUUAUGAAACAAACUCUCACUCAGCCAAUCGGGCCUUUACAUGCCUCUUACUGUAGGCAAGGAUUGUGUUGAUAUACUGGAGGUGUGAAUACAAUGUUAUCCGCCUGUCUGUGACAUUGAUCUGAGCCUUUUGGCAUUAGGAUGCUUUGGACCUCUCUCUUGACAUUUGCCAUCUUUGUACAAAAUUAUAUUAUUUAAAGUUACUCUUAUGGGGGUAGGUACUAAGCACUACUGAAUUCUUACUCAAGACAUUGCAUAUCCAAAAACAGAUCUGAAAACAAUGUGACACUGCAUUCGAACUUUGUGACCUUCCAGUGAAAGCAAAAAAAAAUAGGUGAACACUAUUUUCUCUGGUCAAUUUGAUUAUAUAGAAUGUCUCGGCAUCGUGCUGGUGCAGAAUGUAAUUGAGUGGAGGCAAACUAAAGACACUGCUAUUGAAGCCGCCUCCAGUGUUUACACCAAAGUGAAUUCAUUCAACGAGCUGCCAUUGUCCAUCAUAUCAACUCCAAAGUCAUUGCUUUUGGGUUUGUUAUUUCAGUUGUUGUUUUUUUAUCAAAAGCUAGGUUUCCAUCCAAUUAGCGACAGAUUUUCAUUUGAAUAUUCAAAAAAAUUGCAUAAAGACAAUAUACAUGUUUUCCCACCAGAGAUGUUUCCAUCAAAUGGACUUGUUGCGGAUAAAAGGCUCUGCGUGAUGACGCAAUGCACAUAAAAAUACAUUUGGCGGUUAAAUUCCCAUGUACCGAAUACAAGUUAAAUGGGUUUCCAUCGCAUUUUCAACUCUACUGAUGGUUUUCUCUCAGAAAAAAAUGGUGUGUUUUAUACACCUAGUGUGCCCACUCUGGUUUUGCAACAUGAGCUCUAGCCAACAGCUCACAGAUCUAGUGUGGAUACAGCCUACAUCAGGGAUGGGCAACUUUGACUGUGAUCGCAAACAUUUGUGGCUCCCUCUUGACAGCGGAGAUAUAUUUGUGCGAUUCUACACAUUUUGCCAUGGGGUGUAGAGAAAAUGUUGCAGUUUAAAAGCAAGUUUGCUGCAAUUCUACACAUUUUGCCAUGGGGCGGAGAGAAAUGUUUGCCGUUUUUAAUAUGAUAUGUGUGAGACUAAUUCCGCAGGAGAUUAUGGACAAAAUCAUGUCACCAGAAUAAGACCCUCGCUAUUUAUUUAAAAGGAGAAUCAAGCUCAUCACCUUGCACUUUCACCACCCUGUGAAGUUCCUCAUAAUGGAUUUAAUCUGUAGCCUAAAACUGCUUGCUUUCCCAACGAGUCAUUGUGGGAGGACCACACGUGCCAUCGCGUGACUCCCAAGUUUACCUCAGUGUGAUGGUUAUUGUAUCAGUAUUUGAGCAAAAGAGUUUCCUCCGACAUUUCUCGCAUAAUUAAUUUCACCGACAAAAAGAUCCCACCUUGUCUAGCGUAUUUUGUUUUGUCGACAUUUGAAAAGUGUACCGACAAAUGUUCUGUUUCCAUCCAGCCUGUUACUCGCAUCAAAAGGUUGGAUGGAAACCUGGUUACUGACCCGUGAUGACUGUAUUUGUCUUUAGGACCAAGCGCAUUGUAUGACCUUUAUUUACAGUCAAUGUAGGCCCAUACAUUGUCAUACAAAAAUAAGUAUAAACCAUUGGUCAAGUAGUUCUAGCUUUACUUCACUGGUACUGGUAAGUGCAAUAAAUAUAAUUUAUCGACAUGUUUAAUAUUCAAUUGGUGUCCAUCUACAAAUUCUCUACAUUUUUUUUUACAUCAUUAUAUUGUGUACUCAAUUCGAACAUGUCAGAAUGACAUCCGUUCUACACUUGUGAUCUGUCAUUGUUUGUCUACAGAGAAAAAUCGGAUUCCUUUGGGUACAAGUGGUUCAGUUUGUAGAUUUACUGAUUCUUGUUUGAAUUAUUUGAAGGAAAUAGAAUCAAGGUGUGUUGCUACAUUGUAAUACAUUUGCUGGCUGAGUUUGUUUAAUUUGUUAAAAUGUUAGCCUUAGCACUUUGAUCCAACAAUGAGCAGUGUAAUUUCUUUCCCGAAAGGUUAUUGGUAAAAUUUUGCUUGUAAUACAGUGUACUAACACAUCUACAAAUCAAACUAUCAGUACAGAUUUUAACAAGGGCCUAUGUUAACCUGUUGUAAAAAAAAUAUAUAUAUAUAUAUAUAUAUGUGUGUGUGUGUGUGUGUAUAUUUUUUUUUUACAUUUUGUAUGUUUUGCUAAAUAGUUUGUCAUACAGCCUUCAUACUGUCCAAAGUAUGGCCAAAAAUAUAAUAUAUCGUGACAGUUUUAUGAUAUGUUACCAUAAAUAGUUCUGACAGCAUAACAAACAGUAUCAGCUUGUCAAAAAACAGACCACUCUCAAUUUGUUUGUCUCCAUGACAUUUUGCUUCAAUAACAACACUGUUACGACAAAAAUAUUUGUUCUACACAGCUUACACAAAUUCUGCUAUGACCUUUAUGGUUAAGUAUCAAUUUAUAGUACCAGUCAAAAGUUUGGACACCUACUCAUUCCAGGGUUUUUCUUUAUUUUAUCUUUGUAAUAGUGAAGACAUAACUAUGAAAUAACACAUGGAAUCAUGUAGUAACCAAAAAAGUGUUAAACAAAUCAAAAUAUGUUAUAUUUUAUAUUCUUCAAAAUAGCCACCCUUUGACUUGAUGACAGCUUUGCACACUCUUGGCAUUCUCUCAACCAGCUUCACGAGGUAGUCUGCAUUCUGCAGCAAUACGCCAUCCCAUCUGGUUUGCACUUAGUGGGACUCUCAUUUGUUUUUCAGCAGGACAUUGACCCAACACACUUCCAGGCUGUGUAAAGGCUAUUUCACCAAGGAGAGUGAUGGAGUGCUGCUUCAGAUGACCUGGCCUCCACAAUCACAUGACCUCAACCCAAUUGAGAUGGUUUGGGAUGAGUCGAACUGCAGAGUGAAGGAAAAGCAGCCAACAAGUGCUCAGCAUAUGUGAGUACUUCUUCAAGACUGUUGGAAAAGAAUUCCUCAUGAAGCUGGUUGAGAGAAUGCCAAGAGUGUGCAAAGCUGUCAUCAAGGCAAAGGGAGGCUACUUUGAAUAAUCGGAAGUAUUUUCUUAUUUGUUAAUUAAACACUUUUUUUUGGUUACUACAUGAUUCCAAAUGUGUUAUUUCAUAGUUUAUGUCUCCUCUAUUGUUCUACAAUGUAAAAAUAAAGGAAAAACCCUUGAAUAAGUGGGUGUCCAAACUUUUGACUGGUACUGUAUGUGUUAAGCAUAAAGUCUCCCGCUGUGUAUGGUGUCAUAUUUCUGAGUCUACCAUUAAUGAGUGCUACUGAACUUUCUUAAAACAGUGCUUUGUGAAAAAGGUUACUUUACAUAGUUAUUAUUUACUUAUUACUGUCAGUAGGUAAAACGUAUUACUGUGUUACCAAAACGUUUUCCCUCUCUUGAGUUUACUUGCUUUCAUGGAGCUAAUGUCAGUGAUGACAAACAUGUCUCACCUAAUUAGCAGAAAGUUUAUAUUUUGUCACUUUUUUUUGUACACUGUUGUGCCAUCUACAGUGUUCAAUGGUGUUUUAGAUGAAUAGGAUUGUUAUUCAAAGUUGUGCACUUACUAAGUGUAUGGUGACCCCUGUUGUGAACUAUGGAUACCUCAGAAGUCACAACCAGUGAUGACGCUGAGAUGAAGUCACACACAUUUUAAACCAACUUUGUUGCUUCUUCCAGUCUUUUGUUUACUUAUAAAAAUAAAAACAAUGGUCCAUUUUUACA